AACACACAUCACGUUUCUGAUGAGGUGGCGCGGUUAUACAAUUUUGGCCAGCCCGGGUGGGUUAUAAAAGCUGAAAUUCCUUCAGCACCUUAGUGUGUCUUGUGCCGAGCACUGGGAGAGUCAGGAGGACGCCCAGCCAGCAGCACAGCGGUGUUGGGUGGGGCAGUGGGCAAAGGCACUUUUGCAAGCAGGGUGGGAGCUCAUUCUGCAGGUGGUCAGAGAUGGCGCUCACCAGUCACGUCUCUGCCUGAUUGUUGGGUGCUCCAGGCCCUGGGAGAGCCGACACGGAAGCUCCUCGCUUGAGUCAGCCCCAGUGCAGCCCCUGCAGGCCCGCGGCUGUGCAGAGCUGCCCACGUCCUCUUAAUGAUGGGCAUUGGCAAGAACACCACGUCCAAGUCCAUGGAGGCUGGAAGCUCGACGGAAGGCAAAUACGAAGAUGAGGCGAAGCAUCCGGCUUUCUUUACUCUUCCGGUGGUGAUAAAUGGAGGCGCCACGUCCAGCGGCGAGCAGGACACCGAGGACACCGAGCUCAUGGCCAUCUACACCACGGAAAACGGCAUCGCCGAGAAGAGCUCUCUCGCCGAGACCCUGGACAGCACGGGCAGCCUGGACCCCCAGAGGUCUGACAUGAUCUACACCAUCGAAGAUGUUCCUCCUUGGUACCUGUGUAUAUUUCUGGGUCUGCAGCACUACCUGACAUGCUUCAGCGGCACGAUCGCCGUGCCCUUUCUGCUGGCCGACGCCAUGUGUGUGGGCUACGACCAGUGGGCCACCAGCCAGCUCAUCGGGACCAUUUUCUUCUGCGUGGGAAUCACAACUCUGCUGCAGACGACGUUUGGAUGCAGGUUACCCCUGUUUCAGGCCAGUGCUUUUGCAUUUUUGGCCCCUGCUCGAGCCAUCCUGUCUUUAGAUAAAUGGAAAUGUAACACCACAGAUGUGUCCAUUGCCAACGGGACCGCAGAGCUGCUGCACACGGAGCACAUCUGGUACCCCCGGAUCCGAGAGAUCCAGGGGGCUAUCAUCAUGUCCUCGUUGAUAGAAGUCUUCAUCGGCCUCCUGGGCCUGCCCGGGGCUCUGCUGCGCUACAUCGGGCCCCUCACCAUCACGCCCACGGUCGCCCUCAUUGGCCUCUCAGGUUUCCAGGCAGCCGGGGAGAGAGCGGGGAAGCACUGGGGCAUCGCCAUGCUGACAAUUUUCCUCGUGUUACUGUUUUCUCAGUAUGCCAGAAAUGUCAAGUUUCCUCUGCCGAUUUACAAAUCCAAGAAAGGGUGGACCGCAUACAAGUUGCAGCUUUUCAAAAUGUUCCCGAUAAUCCUGGCCAUCCUUGUGUCCUGGCUGCUCUGCUUCAUCUUCACGGUGACAGACGUCUUCCCACCCGACAGCACCAAGUACGGCUUCUAUGCCCGCACUGACGCCAGGCAGGGCGUACUUCUGGUGGCCCCGUGGUUUAAGGUUCCGUACCCAUUCCAGUGGGGCCUGCCCACCGUCUCUGCGGCCGGCGUCAUUGGUAUGCUCAGCGCUGUGGUGGCCAGUAUCAUCGAGUCCAUUGGUGACUACUACGCCUGCGCCAGGCUGUCCUGUGCUCCACCGCCUCCCAUCCACGCCAUCAACAGGGGGAUUUUCGUGGAGGGUCUCUCCUGUGUUCUCGAUGGCAUAUUUGGUACUGGGAAUGGCUCUACCUCGUCCAGUCCCAACAUUGGAGUUUUGGGAAUUACGAAGGUUGGCAGCCGCCGGGUGAUCCAGUACGGCGCAGCACUCAUGCUGGCCCUGGGCAUGAUCGGCAAGUUCAGCGCCCUCUUCGCAUCCCUGCCGGACCCGGUGCUUGGAGCCCUCUUCUGCACCCUAUUCGGAAUGAUCACAGCUGUCGGCCUCUCUAACCUGCAGUUCAUUGAUUUAAAUUCUUCCCGGAACCUCUUUGUGCUGGGAUUUUCCAUCUUCUUUGGGCUCGUCCUUCCGAGUUACCUCAGACAGAACCCCCUUGUCACAGGGAUAACGGGAAUCGAUCAAGUGUUGAACGUCCUUCUCACCACCGCUAUGUUUGUAGGCGGCUGUGUGGCUUUUAUCCUGGACAACACCAUCCCAGGUACCCCAGAAGAGAGAGGGAUCAGGAAAUGGAAGAAGGGCGUGAGCAAAGGGAACAAGUCCCUGGAUGGCAUGGAAUCCUACAAUUUGCCAUUUGGCAUGAACAUUAUUAAAAAGUACAGAUGCUUCAGCUACUUACCCAUCAGCCCCACCUUCGCAGGCUACACGUGGAAAGUCUUCAGGAAGAGCGACGCCAGCCGGAGUUCAGACGAAGCCUCGCGGGCCACGGUAUAGCCCCAGCUGCACCCUGUGGCCCGGCCACAGCGAGGCUUGUCCCUGUAGUUCCUUGACGAGUAACAAGAAGUAAAAUCUCUGUUUGUAUAUCUGCAUUUACAGUCUGCACCCCAGAGCUAAGACAGGUUGCACCACGCUUCUCUGGUAGGUGGUGACCUGUCCCAUACGGUGUCUCACCUGGCCCCUUAUUUAAGCCCUUGACCCCUUGCCCUUUGAGAGUGUCCACUGCUGGCCAUGGUCACUGAACUUGAUGUCGCGGCCCUCCUGUGGGAGUGGGUGUUCCUCGUGGCAGUCCCCUUCCCCCAUCCAGCACUGGCUGUCCCACUGUCCGUGUCCGUGUCGGCAUCCAUGUCCAGGGCCCAGACGCCCUCUGUCUUGGAAGCACCUGGACUGGCUGCCUUUCCACUUGACCUCAGCCUGCACCUGCAGAGCCCUCCUCUGGCCCACGUCCUCACACUGUCACAACAGCUUGGCGGGGUAGUGCCGUUGUCCCUGCACACCCUAGGAGGAGGCUGUUGAGCUGAUCAAACACAGCAGCGAGGCUGCCCCAUGCCCGGGUGUGGGCAUGAGUAGGGUCUGGACAUUUGUUAAUAGAUGGGAUGCUUUUGGAGGGGAUUGGAGAGAAAGACCCCCAAAGUCCAUAGGAUUCUCAGUUGCCCUUUCUCUGCCUGCCACCCCGACCUCUUCUGGGCCAGCAUGUUGCCUGCUGGCCCCUUUCUGUGGCCGAGACACCCUAUCGGACAUUUGUCACCACGGGCUGACGUGCUGGGUGUAGGGUGCCACACACAGGCACCACUCAGAUCCUGGCUCUGCUGUCACGGGGGUAUUCCUGUUGCGCGCGUCUGUGAUUGCGAGGUUUUCUCCCUAUUUAAUGUUGUUGGCUAUAGCAGAUUUUCGAAAUCAGUGUUUUUUCCAUGUGACCCUCUCCCUGUUACUUGUUGCCCCCAUCCCACCCCCGUCAAGAAAAGAACCAGCAUUUGUAAAGCUGUGGACACCAUCAGGGAAGCUUUCUGUAAUGGCUUCUGAAGGCCAGUAACCAUUGUUGUGGUUGUGUUUUGUAUUGCUUGAUACCAUGAAAGUGUAAAUACUGUAAUGCCUAAUCUAUUUAUCAAAACUGACUACUGGACCAGAGCCCAGACACCGUGGGUCGAGUUACAUGUGAAUUUGUCUUCGUGAAGAAGGGAAGCUGGGCCCGGCCACCCGUGGAGCCACCGUAGUGGAUGGUGCAUCAUCCCCGUAAAUUCAUUCCUGAACUUCCCCUGUGGCAAGGCAUUCCUGGCAGCCGUGGCUUCGACUGCCCGUGACCCUGGCGUUGCUGGGGCAGGGCGGGGGUGGGGGGGUAGUUAGAGCCAUUCUCCUCCAAGUUGUGCGGACACACAGCCGGCAGGCUUCCUCUGUUAGGAGAGCUCCCAUCUGUGACACUAGAAAGCCCUUCUGAUAGCAUGGCUUCUCUGGGCUUGGCUUUGAAAUUGUUCAGCCAAAGGAAAACCCGAGAGGUCGAGUAAGAGCCCUCGCCCCGCGGGCUCACGCUUAACCUGGCCGAGCUUCGGACAGCAGCAGGCGCUCCAAUGCGUCACCUGCCCCCAGCCCCCAGGCCGGCUCAGGGUCACCUCGGGGCCGAGUCUUCGGUUGCAUCACGGCAGCCCCUGGUUCCUGCGAGUUUCGGGCUUCGAGAACGCCUCAGAGCCGCUGCGUUGUUCUGCCAAGUCUUACUGCAGAUUAAGUAAAGAUCUUAGAUGCAAAUUGCAUUUCAUCUUGUACGGCUUUGAUUUUGUUUUCACAGUGUGUUCAGUGCAGUUAUUUUGGAAGCUUGCUGGGUAGCGGUUUCCAUCCCUCUUCUCUCGGUCAGCCCUCAAGGUCUCCCUGUAGCAGCUUGCCCUCAGUUCCCUCUGCUUGUAUUUUUCUCAGCAUCUCGGAGUUCUCAGCCCUGAAAGGUGGGGGAACCUGCCAGACACCCCAGAGGUUUCUAGAGUUCUGGCCCUGUAGGUGAGCAUUAGGACCAGGCAUUCAAGGGAAGCAUCACCGGCAUCGCUCAUCCAGGCACAAGUUCCCUCCAGCUCUUGACCAGGCCCCUCCUCUGCAGGGGGAGCCCUCAGAGUGGGACCCUCAGACACGUAGGCACCCACUUCUGGCUGAGCUUCAGCUCUGCUACUCUGGGCAGUGGGGAGGGUUGGAGGGCACUCUGCAGUCGCUCACGAGGGGAGAGAAUCUUUGCACUCACACCUCCUGCCCGAAUCAGGGUUUCUGCCCUUAGUUUUCCAACGAAGCCAAGUUCCAAUCCUCCAUGCAAGAAGGAGGAAGUAGAGGGGAGUUGGAGAAGAGAGGGCAGCCUGACUGUGGGCCUCUUGAGUCCAGUCCUUGGUGCACAGCCCUGAGUGAUCGCAGUGCCUUGUCACUCACCAUGCACGUGCAGCAGAUGCGCACAUGCAAACCGCUGUAGGACGCAGUGCCCAUGGUGGCCGAGUGAAAGCCUGUCACUGGGGGGACAGCUGCUGCAUGGGUUUCAGCACACACCCGAAGGAAAGGCUUGUGGGGGGGGGCACAGAUUCGUGUGUGGCCUGUGCGGGUGACGCUUCCCGUUCUCGGGGUCGGCCUGCAUUGGGGGGCUGCGUGCUGCCACUCUGGCUUUACCAACAGGGUAUGGGCAAAUAUUUUGGAUGUGAAUGCCCUCGCAGGGCUUUCUCUCCAGUUUACACAGUGACCACCUCCCUUCCACCUGCACAGGCCGCCAAGAGAGAGCCGUUGUGUCGCGCAUGCUGACGUGCAGAGUAGGGAGUGUUAGGAGGGAGAGGAGAUGCUGUCAAACGAGGGGGCAGGCGUCCCACAUCUGGUUCACAGACAAAUGGGAAGUGGCUCUUCACUGGGAUUAGGGGGUUAAACUUAGGUUCACGCACACAUCGGCAUUCAGAAUCUUUCUUCACAAGGUUUCAGAUGUUAGCUCUUAGUAAGCUUCUUGGGGUUGACCAAGGCAAGACAAGAGGCUUUGCCAGGCCUGCUGGAAACCAGCAGUGUGGGUCCUGAAAGUUUCCCAUUUUCAUGGUAACAAAUUCACACCCAGGAUUUGCUUUAUACUGUAGAAUACUGACUCAUGAGGACAACUUGGUUUAUGCAUGAAUAUUGCAGUAUUUCCAUAUAGUAAAAUAACAUUUCUACCCAGGAUAAUAGUCAGUUUUCCAGGGAGGGAAUGAUAUAAUUUUCAUGACAAUGUCAUGUGAUGAUAGAAGUUCUCCAUUGAUGAAUCUCUAGUAUGUGUGUAUACUUUAUUUACCCAUACGUAUAUUCUAUGACCAUGAGCAAACUUGCUGUCUCUUUCAUUCGUGUCCCUGCUGAAAUAUUGGUACUAGCGACUUUAAAGUUGACAAGUCUGAUCGUAGUGUCAGUGCCACUGGAGUGGCCGGGCCAGACCGAAGGUGCAGAAAGAGCUGUGGCAGCGCACUGCAGAACCCCUGUGGCUGCCCCGAGGGCCUGCUCGCCCAGCUGUCGCUGGUCGUCAGCUGUGUGCACCCCACUGUGCCUACUGUGCACCAGCUCAGGCCCCUGCCUGGGCCUCCACGGAGCUCGCUUCUCCAGGAGGGCACCUGCUGGCUUUCCGGGGGAGAGGUCUGGGUUUUGCGUGCUGCGUGUUGUCUUCUGUCACCUUAUGCUUUGGACACAGAGGACAGGGCAGCUCCUACCACCACCCCCUGCAGUCAGAACCUGACUGGUCCAAGGCCGCUCAGGGUGGUCCAUUUCCACCCACGGGAGCGUGCAGCACGUUAGCGGCCUCCCCAAUGGCUCCAGCCUUCCGGGGGUGCUCUGGAUCCUGCCGCCUUGGCGCUCACGUCCAGCGUUCUCAUGUCCCCAGCGUCGCCAGCCCACUGACCGCCCAGACGACCACCUUCCCUGUGCGUCCCCCACGGCCCGUGUCCAACACCUCCAUACUGUUCUGAAAACCGUGGGGCUGCCUCCGUUUUCCUUGAGGUUUUGUGACUGACUUUGGCUACAUCCCUUCCCGGGCGUUUGUUUGUUUGUUUGUUAUUUUUAUUUUGCAUACCGAGGGUAUUUGGGGUGGGGUUGUUUUUUGAGAUGUGUAAUUCUUUUAUGGAGUUUUUAAAAAAGAAUUUUCAUAUUGUUUUUUCUAACAUGGCUUCAUUAAACGUUUAAGUAUUUUAAAGAUAUGUAAUAUUUGGACCAGAUGUUGUGAAUAAUAGUAGAGAUAAAGCUAUUUUAUUCUGUAUUUUUAAAACCGUUCCGUACAAAUAAAAAGCUCUCCUGGAUGCA